AUGUCUGCCCUUUUAACAACUCUCGGCCUCCGCGCCGCCCCUGGCCAGGUACCCGCAAACCAUGCGUCGGGAUUCCUAGUGGCGAACUGGGUCUUCGCAUUCUGUUUGAUGAGUACUCGGGGAACGAAGAUGCGUCUGGGUCUUGAUCACAAUGUCAACCCACGUGAAGACUUGACUACCUACGGCGAGGCGGCCGUGCGGUCGGGAAAGCUUAGCCGUCACGCCCUUGACAAGCUCAAGCGACAGGAGUCGGCGCAUGCCAAUGCACAGGAGGGAUAUUCUUUGUUUGUUGCGGCGAUUCUCGUCUCUUUGUACGCCGGUCUCCCCAAUGAGACUAUCAAUAACAUCGGUGCUUGGUAUUCGGUUUCUCGUAUCGCGUACAGUCUGCUGUACUCGUACGUUGAAUCUCACUCUUUAAGCUAUCUGCGCUCAGUGGCUUGGUGGUCCGGCAACAUCAGCUGUAUUUAUGCCUUGGUGCAAGCCAGCAAGAAGUUGUAA